AUGAAACGAACGUGGCAUCUUCCACGAGCAAAACUUCCAACAUUGGGUCUCAUGGCAGUCGUUCACCGAAGUGAUUUCGAUAGUAUUGAAUCUAAUAAUGAAAAUAAUUGUCGGCCAUCGAAUUUACUAGCUGAACAAUUGAGUUCAUCAUCAUAUCGUACUACCUACAAUUGCGAACAACCUCCAGGAUCCAUUGAUAGUGAGUUUUUUAAAAAAUUAGAAAAUAUUACGUCAAUUCGUAGUUCAAUACCACGUCCACAAAUUUCGUCUACAAUCGAUACGUUAAACAGUUUACAAGUCAGAAGUGAUAAUUCAGAUUCAUUUUCUGGUUUUGACGAAUUAGAUGAAAUAGAAUUCGUUUCGAACAUGAUGAACGAUUUGACUAAAGACGAUAACAUAAAUGAUGAUCUUAUAGAAGCACUAAAUCCACAUUUCGCAAUACCUCGCGCAAAUCCUGUCCUAAAACCAACAGGGUUAUUCUCUGUAAGUACUUAUUUCAAGUGUUCUCGAGUCACAGCUAUCUCUUCUUCACAUAAUCGUGGGUCAAAAUUGAUGCAAGAAUUGAUAAACAAAUAUUAUGUCACAGCGUACUUCACUUCAAUCAAAUGA